AUGACCCUGAAAGGUGGCACAAGCCAGGCUUGUGCUGCGUGCAAAUACCAAAGAAGGAAGUGCUCCUCUGAAUGCCCACUCGCACCCUACUUCCCUCCUGACCAACCCAAGAUGUUCCAGAACGCGCACCGCCUCUUCGGCGUUAGUAACAUCCUUAAAAUUCUCAAACAGCUUGAUCCAAGCCAGAAGAGGGAAGCCAUGAGUUCCAUCAUCUACCAAUCCAACAUUCGUGACAAGUACCCUGUACACGGGUGUUGUGGCGUAAUCCACCACCUCGAGUACCAAAUAUGCCAAGGCCUCGAAGAACUCCAUGCUGUUCAUGCACAACUCGCGCUUUAUCAACAACAACACCAUCACGAGAUUUCGUCAACUCUUAAUGAUUCUACUUCGGAGUUACAAUUAGGGGUGGGCCCUCCAAGCAACAAUAAUGCCCUAACCCUAUUCAACCAAGAUGUUCCUCAAACUUUCAAUGGUGUCGCCACAUUGCCUAUUGCGUCGAAUCAAUUGUACACAAAUAGUGAGAAUGAUGGUUAUAACUCGGGUUAUGUUGACAAUGACAAUGUAGUUAAUACCUUCUGGAUUAAUGACAAUAAUAGCAACAACGACAAUAAUCACGAUCCAAUGGAACUACAAUCUCAAUUGGUUGCGUUUCAACAAUUGACUAUUCAACAAGAACCCGCUCAAGAUGAUGAUGAGAUGCACCCGUUUUUUGAAAUAAUCGAUGAUAGACAAUCAUCAUACAUCGAUUCCAAAGAGGCUUACGAGUCAAGCUCGGAUUCAUCUUUGAAAGAUACAACGCAUCCCAUUGAACACAUCGCUGAUAACGAAUUAAAGAAUGCCGCCGCAUGCUUCAGUCUUACAAGUGUCAAUUGA